UACAGGGGUUUAUAUAGGUCUGGGUUCUUUGGUUGAUUACCAAAAUUACCCUCCGUUUGAACAUCAUUAAGAUUCUUUUAGACAGUGAGAAAACCUAAAUUAAAAAGCUCGGUUUAUUCGGCUGCUCAAAAUUCAAAUCGGAGCGCCCUUAGGAGACACAGAGAGAGAAAGGACACUAUCUUUCUCCAGUGGAGUGAAAAAUGGAGCAUAACCAAGCAGUGGAUGGACUUCUCAGCCUGUUUUCUAAAGCUAAUCGUGACCUAUCCACCGUCCAUAACAAGCUCCAUAAGGAAUUCCAGCAAGUCUACCCCGACAAUGCAAAUCCCAUGAAGCUGGUGGCAAGGUUGAAAAAAAUUGAAGAAGAAAUGUCAUCCUUGAAGGACCAGUGCCGCGAGCUUCUUGCCGCAAAACAGGAUUUGAUUGAUAAAGCCAGAACACUCUUAGUUGGAAACAGGACAUUGCUGCAGAGGUUGCAAGUGUCUUCUGGUGCACCCAUCACAAGCGAUGCUGAUGAUCCUGCUUUUGCGAGCUUCAAUCAGAUUAUUGAUGAGUGGACGCUUCAGGUCAAAUCCAGAACAGCUCAGGAGCAAAAUCGUUCAAAGAAUGAGGGCGAGGAGGAGCCAGGCUCUGACGAUAUCAACCAGUUGUUAUUCUCGGCAAUUGUCCAAAGCAACUGAAUAGUUCCUGUGUCUUCAAAGGUUAGCAGUUCUCAGCAACAGAGAAACAUGUGCUGCCAAUUCAUGAAAUUCUGCUAUACAAAAUCGUUAUCUUUUGUAUAUCUGUUCCUCUGAUGAUGAUCACAACCUUUUAGGCUGGGUUGGUGUCUUAUUGAGACUCAAAUAGGUGAGUAGAGUAAAUACAUUCUUCAAAUAGAAGUUUCAGGGACAGCUUCUAGCCAACUGUCUCUGUUGUUUUUGUUCUUGUAGGUGAAGUAAAAGAGAAUCUUUCCACAGGCAGAUAACUCUCUUGGCCGAAUUGUAUAUUUGGUCUCACAAUAUGAAGGAUAUUGCACAAUCGGUACUCUACUCUAUGGAAUAUUCACUAUUGACCACGUGUAUCGUUUCAGCAAGUUACAUUCUUCUAUUAUAACAUGGAACUUGGAGCCAAAUUCUGAGAGAAGAUACCGCAGUUUAAUAUGAAAAGCCGUAUUUGCCUGUUUCUCUUUCACAUGUAUGCAUUAAGACAACUUUUUUUUCAAUUGUA